AGAAGGAGCCGCGGAGCUGCGCGACCUCCGAGCCGCCAGGGGGCGCGGUUCCCCAGCGCUCCCCGAGGCGCCGCGCGUGCGCAGUGCAGGGGCGGGCGCGAACCAUGGCGGAGGGCCCGCAGCCGAAGAGGAAGCGGGAGGAGGAGGAGGAGAAAAAUGGCGGGGCCGCCGCUCCAGGCGGGGCCGCCGCCGCCUUCGCGCUGUCGGACCUGCGGGUGCGGCGCGUCCUGCGGGAGUCGGCGAGGGACAAAGUCGUGUUCCUGCACGCGGAGAAGAUUGGCCUCUCCGGAGAGGGCACAGAUGCUGUAGUCAUCCUGGAAAAGACUCCUUUCCAGGAGGAGAAGAUCCCAGACCUGCUGAAGAAGCCCAUGAACGCAGAGCUGCAGAUGCGCAAUGACAUUUACUGCACGUUCUACCUGAGCCCUCCCCCGGAGCUGAGUGAGAUCAAAGCCACGGUGGUUUACCCUGCCACGGAGAAACACAUCCAGAAAUAUCUCCGGCAGGAAGUGCACCUCAUCCGUGAAACCUGGGAGGAUUACAAGAACAUAACCCUGCCCUUCAUCCAGUCCCAGAGCUUCAGCAUCCAGUGGGUGUAUAAUAUCCUGGAGAAAAAAGCUGAGGCUGAUCGAAUCGUCCAUGAAAACCCAGAUCCUUCCAAUGGCUUUGUUCUGGUUCCAGAUUUAAAGUGGAAUCAGAACCAGCUCGAUGACCUGUACCUGAUUGCCCUUGUGCAUCGCCGGGAGAUCAAGUCUCUGAGGGAUCUCACGGCCGAGCACCUCCCGCUGCUGAGGAACGUCCUGCAGGAAGGGAAGGAGGCCAUAGCGAAGCGCUUCGGCGUGCCCGGCUCCCAGCUGCGGAUCUACCUGCACUACCAGCCCUCCUACCACCACCUGCACGUGCAUUUCACUGCCCUGGGCUAUGACGCGCCAGGCAGCUCCGUGGAGAGAGCCCAUCUGCUGGCCAAUGUCAUCGACAACCUGGCCACGGACUCCACGUACUACCAGAAACGGGCUCUGACCUUCCCCCUGCGGGCUGACGAACCCCUGUUUAAGAAAUUCCAGGAGGCAGGGAAAGUGUGAGGAGGCACAGAGGUGCUUUUGUAUAAUUUUUUUUUUUCUAAUAAAUACCCAUUUUCGGGCUUUUUUUUUCAAGGUUGUGUUCCUUUUAUGUUUUUUUAACUCUGUUUUUGUACAAGAUGGGGCUGAUGAUCCUUUGCUAUGGAAACCGUGUUGUCUGUUCAAGUCCAUUAAAAACAACAUGGAUUGAAUAAA